AUGUCGUCAUUACGUACUGUCCAGAAUCGUUUCAAAUGCCGAAUAUCCGGUUGUACCUCCAGCUUCCAGCGGAAAGAGCACCGGAAUCGCCACGAAGGGCAGCAUACGGGCGCAUUGGCCCGGGAGUGUCCGCUCUGCGCCCGCACAUUUUCUAGAAGCGACUCCCUUCGUCGCCAUAUCCGUCUUGACCACGGUCCGGACGAGCCAAUCCGGGUAUCUCAAGCCUGCCGGCCCUGUCGCCUGGCCAAAAUCCGCUGCAAUGGAGGCAUUCCUUGCAGUCGCUGUUCCACCCAGGCACGUCACUGUAUCUAUGACGACGGCCAAAGACCUCGACAACGACAAGACCAGCAAGUGCAAAUAUUAGAAUCAACUCACUUAUUACAAACAUCGCAGUCGCCGGAAGAUCAACCCUCUCCUUUCUCUGCCCUCCCCAGCGUCGAAGACCAUGACUCGACCACCCGUUUCACCCCUUAUAUUCACCUCUAUUUUGCCCAUUUCCACCCCCUUUGGCCCAUCCUGCAUCGAGCCACUUUUAAUCCCUCUGACGAGCCACUAUUACUCCUGCAGGCUGUCUCCAUGAUUGGGUUGUGGGUCAGUGACGAGCCUUCAGCUCGAGAGGUGGCCAUCGGUCUACAUCGGAAACUGGGCUCCGCCAUACUAUCACAGCGGGAAAAUUGGACACAUGCCCUUCCAUUCUACACCGAAGCAUUCGAUAAGGAGAACAACACCUCGAUAGUAGAGCAAGCGACCGCAUCCCGAUGUCCAGUGGCCACAUACCAAGCAAUCCUUUUAUAUCUGAUAUUUUCCCUUGUUCUAAACCACAACAGCAUUGACAACACUACUUCCAACAACGAUAACACUGGUAUCUGCACCAUCCCACGCCCCCUCGACCUAACCCUCACCAUCUCCAAAAUGGACCAUCACAUCCUCUCCCUCCUGGUGGGUACCUGCCUUCGCAACCGAAUAUUCUACUAUCCGCAAAUGAUGGAACGUUAUCAUCAUACCAUGCAGUCUGUUACAUGCAUCUGGGUCGGAAUGGAGGAACUUAAGCGGCUUGGUUUAGCAUUAUACAGGGUUUGUCGGCUGUGUGGGAGCGGCAGCGAUCGACUAGCAAGUGAAGUUGAUAGCGUGGAAGGGGGCGAAGGGAGAAAGAUACUGCGUAUUUCUGAUUUGCAGUUUCCGCCUCCGGAUAGUCGACAUUUGUGGGAGGCCCAGUCGGAUCGGGAGAUGUCCCGUUUGCUGCAGAUGGAGGCAUGUCGCAGUGGAAUGCGGCUGGAUGGUCGUGAUGAGGAGAAUUGGAUAUCGUCGUGUGGGAGGUUAUUAGAUGAGGCUGGGAUGGAGAGGUGGUGGUUUUGA